GACAGCGACCGGCGGAGACAGGCAGAGGCCUUCUUCAGUGCUCUUUACCGGUGUGGUUAGGUCACGAGGCAUGUUCCCACCAGUGCCGUCUCUUGUGCCUGUGAUCACUCCAGUGCCGCCAACCGUUGCUGCAGUCACGAAGAUUGCGAUUUCCCGGGUCCGUUUGGACGAUUCUUGGGGUGCUCACCUUGAGAGGAGGCUUAGUGCUGCCAUACAAAAGUGGGUUGCUUUAGUGGUUGAGGAUCCUUUGUCUUUUGACGUCGGUAGGCGGUGUGCUGCUUUCGUGGGAAAUGACGAGGCGAUUUCUCAGGGCCUUCUGCACACUUUUUCCGGUAAAUCAGCAGGUACCUUGCACAGCCGUGCUGGGCCUCUCAUCAGGUUUGUUGCCUGGGCCAAGGCUCGCCAGUGCAAACCCUUACCCUUCAGCGAGGCGCUUUUGUAUGAUUUUCUGCUUGAAUCCGAGAGCACUUGUGCGCCGUCAUUCGGAAAGGCGCUGAUGUCUGCACUUGCAUUUUGCAGAUUUGUGCUGGGCGUUGAGAAUGUUUCUGAUGUUCUGAGCAGUGGUCGGUUUGGGGGCUUGGCUCGUUCGAUGUUCCUGAACAAAAGGAAGCGACGGCAGAAGCCACCCCUCACCGUUGACAUGGUGAAGGCCCUUGAGAGAUUGGUGAUCUCCGAACGUGAAGGUCUGAAGAAUCUUGCAAUCGAUGACAAAGACGAGCUUCUCGCUGGAAAGGAAGACGGCUCUGCUCCCGAUGGUCUCCGCGAGGACAUGGGCAUCCCUGAAGGCGAGGACUUUCCUUUGCUGCCGCACGCAAGCUCGGGACUCACAGCUGCAAAUGCACGUGUCUUUCUUGGCUGUCGAAGCACGGAGUUGAUCCUCUGCAUCGGCGUGUUUUGGGGUAUCACAAGGUCGCUGGAGGCUGUCAUCCAGGACAUCAGACAAGGCCAGUUUUUGCCGGAUGUCACGCGGUCGGGUUACUUCCCGACCCAGCCGCAGAGGGAGCCUGGGCCUGAGUUCGUUGAGGAGCCAUCGGAAUCCGAAGUUUCGCUCGAUGAAGAGGACAAUGUGCAAGACUUGAGAGCAGAGGAAGCGGCCGCUGAUCAGGUUGUUAACCGGGGCACGCGGUUUUGGAUGGAAGUCAACCAUGACUUGAAAAUGUGGCUGUACGGACCAUUCGCCAUGGCCAUCACCGAGAGCAAGGCAAACUUUUCUUCCAGGGCGACGGCCUUGGGGUUGGCCGCUGACGUUUUGAAGAAGUUCACUGAUGCCGGCAUUGAUUGCAUGAGCAAAUUUGCCUUCAUUAGUGCGUUCGUGCCCGGCAACACUGACGAGUCCCCUUUUACCGAUGCAGUUGCUGGUGUGUUGGGGCGCGCUGCUAAUGUGGCAGAGUUGAGCGUGCUGCGCAGGCUUCUUCAUGAGAGCUACAACCUCACUGUCUCAGAGCUUCAGGUGCAGGUUGAACGAACGGAAGAUUCUGCUCCGAGGCGGUUGGCGGCUCCCGAUCGAGCCGAUAGGCUUCAGCGGCAACAAGUCAGGCUUGCUGGCUUGAACAUCCAUGGCCCUACUCUCCCGGGUCAUUCGGUCAUCGAUCGUUGUGUUCAGAUGUAUGAGGAUAAUUCUCUUUCAUACCUACCUUUGCAGUCUUGUCCCUGCCGGGAUGAUGAAGUGAAGUUCAAGAAGGACCGGGAUGACAAGAUGCUUGCUGUGGAUGGCACGGGGCACGUGUCUCUUAGGUCGCAAGCCGUGAAAGUGGAGGCCGAUGUGUCCACUGACCUUUUGCUUAAGCAUGCACUUACACGUCGUGGGCUUGCGCUGGACCAAGCUGGCAUUCUGAGCUUUGCGGAGCAUGAGCGUUGGUCUGAGGCGUUGUUUCAGGCUCGAUUUCGGGAUCCGCCCGACCAGUAUGCCCGUGUCACGCUCCAGCAACUCAUCCAGGCGGACAGGCAGGUUUUUGUUGAAGCAGCUGAUCGGACCCGCCAGGGGAUUCAGGUGGUGGCUUCCGGACGACCGGUCGAUCGCAUUUGGAGUGACGCCAUGUCUUGCAACAAUGUCACUCACCUGCUGCAACCCUUGCCCUUGCCUCCGCCAGCUCCUUUGCAUCCACGGCCUGGGCCCUAUGAUGACCGCAGGGGUUUGAAGGGUCGCGGUCGGGGUAAAGGGAAAGGUAAAGGCAAGGGAAAUGUUCGUAUGCCUGCUGAGCUGUCCGAUGGGGUGCCGGUCACCCGGGGCUUGCCCAUCUGCUUCGACCACAACUUGGGGCGGUGUCAGCGUACCGUCACUAGUGGCAAGUGCGAUCGUGGUCUUCACAUUUGUUGCAUCAAAGGCUCUGAGGCGCAGGUCCACGUGACUGAUGACAAAGAUGUAGCACAGCUUGGUGAGGAGCUUGUGCUCUCUUCUUCCGAUGAUGAGAUCCCUGAAGGGGAGUCAUCACCGAAACAUGUCCCGUGCUCGGCCUCAGUUCCGCCUCAGCCGCUUUCCAGCAACCCCGAAGCUUUUGCGUCUCAGCUGCUCAAGAAGCCGUGGCUUGAGGCGAGCGAUGUUUUGCAGCUUUUUGAGAUGUUGCCAAUGGCCGCGCCCCAGCGUGGAACUGAGGGCAAGGCCUUUGCUACCGGAGCGUUCGCUCGGGUCAAGGUUGGGUUGCGUACUAAUGUUGCUGUUUUCCCUCAGGCGUCCCGCGUCUUUGCAUCGUUCGUGCGCCAAUCUGCCCCAGGGCAUAAGUUCACUUCAGUUGUGGUUUUUGAAGGGGUUCGCACUAAACCCCACCGUGAUCAGCAGAAUUCUUGUGUGCCCAAUUUGGUGGUUCCUUUGUCGAGUUUCGAGAAGGGUGAAAUUUGGGUGGCCACUGACUGUGGCACUGUCUCUCGACGGGUCAAUGGCCAGCAGCAGAAAGGAGUUCUCUUGCCCGUGGGAGCCGGGCCCGUGCUCUUUGAUGCGCGUCGUGCUCUGCAUCUCACUGAGCCUUGGAAAGGCCGCCGUGUGGUCUUAGUGGCCUUUUCUAUCGGUGCAUUUUCGAGGCUGUCCGCCGAGGCUUCUGCCCGCUUGUCUGCCCUGCAGUUUAACUUGCCAGACCAGUCCGAUGCUGUUGCGUUCCAAGAGCGCCCGCAAUUGCCGGUGCGUCUUCCCUGGCCGCCUCGAUUGCCCAUCCUUGCAUCUGUGCCUUCGGUUCCCGACAUUCCUAAGCCGACUGCUGGUGAGCCCUUGUUCUUAGAGCUAUGUGCUGGUACUGCCAUGUUGUCGCGCUGCUUUCAUGAGGUCGGCGUCCCGGUCAUGCCCAUUGACCACCAACACAAUCGGCACCUUCCGUUGGCUAAGGUGUGUAACCUCAGCCUCACUGAGGAUUCGACCUGGGACUUCCUAAGACACUUGAUUGACACUUGCGACAUCCUGUUUGUGCAUGCCGCUCCACCGUGCGGCACAUGCUCUAUGGCCCGGCAUAUCCGGCGCAAGGGUGUGUCUGCUGGCCCUCUUCGUUCAGAGCAGUUCCCUAUGGGCUUGCCGUCCCUGAACGGCGUCGACCGGGCAAAGGUCGAGGCAGCCAACCAGAUUUACACUAAGCUGGGUCUUUUCCUGCAGGACUUGAGUCGUCGUGCUAUUCCUUGGUCUGUCGAGAAUCCUGAGUCGAGUAUGCUCUGGCAGCUGCCCUGUUUUCAGCCCUUGGUGAAGGACAACCAUGUCUUCUCCUUCGACAUGUGUUGUUAUGGGGGGUCCCGUCUGACCCACAGGUCUUUGCUCACUUCGUGCUUUGGGCUACGCCAUUUUCGCCAGCGGUGUGCCGGGGGGCAUGAACAUUUGCCGUGGACACCAAAGGUUGCCCCAGGUGGAAAGGUGCACUUCCCUACGGCAGACGAGGCGGCAUAUCCGCGCCCGUUCUGCGUGCAAUUUGUGGCGCUCGUUUUCCGCCACCUUGGGCGGCCCCUGCCUGCCGCGCCUGCCCCUCAGGUGUCAGCCCAGGCGUCUGCCUCUUCAGCUCGCCAGCCCCGUGGGCGUCGUAUUUGUCCUGUCAUGCCUGAGUUCAAGCGUGUGCUCGUGUAUCAGGUUGCUGCGUUGCCCCAGGUGGAUCACAAGCGUCGCUUGCUGCAACCUUUGCGGGAUGCCCCGGCGGGCUCCAAGCUUAUCUCCUCGACGUCGUUGCUCUCUGAAGUGGGGUUGAGUAGCGCCUCGGAGACAACGGUUCAGGCAGAUGCCCUAGUCGUCGAUUCGAGCUCGUCUGAGUCAGGUGACAAUGUGUCUCCAGUGGGUCCGGUUGACCAGGCCAGUGCGUGUUUUGAAGUGUCGCUGGGUGUGUAUGCUUCCCCCGAAGAAUUUGUGGAAGAAUGCCUGAACGUUGAGCAUCCCUUUGAUCAGCUGCAUGCUGCGCCUGAUGUGCUCAAACAGUGCCUUUUUGACAUGCUGACCAAAGGGCCUGCUUGGGUAGUGGAUCGUAGGGCGAAGCUGCUCAAGAAGUGGACCCAGUGGGCUCGCGACCUUGAGGCCGAGGAAGCUGGCCUUCGCAAGUCGUUAGACCCUGAGGUUGCAAAGGUGUUGCAAGGCAAAAGGCUUCUGCUUCUUGAGAAGAUUGCGUCGUCAAUCGGCUGGGUUGACAUGGGCGUUUUCGCUGAGCUUAGGAAGGGCUUUGAUUUGGUGGGGCAUGCAAAGCACACGGGAGUUUUCGCGCUUGAGCCCAGGCCUCCGAAGCUUCCGAAGGAUGACUUUCUUACUGCCACAAAAUUUCUUAGGCCAGCCCUACUGGGUAAGGUAAAAUCGUCGUCCGUGGAUCGCAAUGCGCGUGAGCUGUGGGAAAAGACGAUGCAGGAGGUGGAGAGUGGUAUGUUGGAGGGACCUCUGUCGUCGCAGCAGCUGGACGAUAGGCAUCCCUCUGGCUGGUUGCCCACUCGGCGUUUCGGGGUGGAGCAGACUGCGCAAGCUGCGGCCUGUUGA